AUGGGAUUGAUUAACACCACCUAUAACUCAUCAAAAUUCGUUUUGACGGCAGAGGCCCUGAACAAGUCUCUGCCUGGUAUGCACCCGGCCACCAGAGCCAUCCACGCCGAUGAUUUCGUCAGCCCUCACCGUGCCAUUGCCCCUGGUAUGCACACAGCGGUAAAUUUCCGCUACGCUCGUGAUCCAGAGGAGCUGGUGCCAGAGGAGAAUAAGGACCACAAUGCCCCUGAUGAUUCCCAUGUAUAUUCCCGCUAUACAGCACCCAAUUCCAAUCGCCUGGAAGUUCUCCUGCGCAAUCUCAUGGGCGGCGAAGUGAUUACUUAUUCGACUGGGCUUUCCGCCUUUCAUGCGAUGCUCAUUCUCCUGAACCCUAAGAAGAUCUUCAUUGAAGACGGAUACCAUGGGUGUCAUGGUGUUCUAGACAUCAUCAAAAGAUUAACUGGCAUUGAAAAACUCGAUCUGACGGAGGUCGACCAAGCCGGCCCGGGGGAUAUCAUCCACGUUGAAACGCCUCUCAACCCUACUGGCGAGGCUCGCAAUCUUGCGUUCUAUCGUACCAAAGCGAACGAGAAGGGGGCCUACUUGACCGUGGACUCCACCUUUGCUCCACCCCCGCUGCAGAACCCCCUGGACUUUGGAGCGGAUAUCGUGAUGCACAGUGGAACGAAGUACGUCGGCGGUCAUUCCGAUAUGCUUUGCGGUAUCUUGGUCCUCCAUGCCGACCGAGUCGAGGAGGGAUGGAUGAAAAUGCUGCAUAGGGAUCGUCAAUACAUCGGUAGUGUCAUGGGCAGUUUUGAGGGCUGGCUGGGUAUCCGGUCCGCCCGCACUAUGCAACUCCGCGUGACGAGACAGGCUCAAACGGCGGCGAGGCUCAUUGCCUGGCUAUGUGAGCAGCUGAAAGACCCAAAGUCCGCCGUUGGAAAUGUUCUGAGCCACGUCCAACAUGCCUCCAUUCAGGAGGCUGAUUUACAAGACGGCUGGCUCCAGAAGCAGAUGCCCGGAGGCUUUGGGCCCGUUUUCUCUGUGUGGGCCAAGAACAAGGAGCAUGCGCAACGACUGCCCAGCAGAAUGUUUGUGUUUCAGCAUGCGACCAGUCUGGGAGGAGUGGAAAGUUUGAUGGAAUGGCGGGUGAUGAGUGAUGCGAACUGCGACAAGAGGUUGCUGCGCAUCAGUUGUGGUAUCGAAGAGUUUGAUGAUUUGAAGGCAGAUAUUCAACAGGGAUUGGAAUCGCUGUUGCGGGACUUUCCCUAA